UGAGCAUUCCCUCUCUCCAGUCUCUUACAGACCUACCGUUCUUUAUACAUACAAUUCAUUCCGAGUUCACUCUCUCGUUCAAAUCCAACCCCACAGUCACAAUGAAGUUCACCAUCUCCGCCGCUGUUCUGGCUCUCGCCGCCACCGUCGCUGCCAUGCCCAGCAAGCCCGAGGCCAACGGCAACCUUGGUGUCGGCAACGGCAACGGCAACAAGGGCAACAGCGAUGUCCGCUUCCCCGUUCCUGACGACGUGACCGUCAAGCAGGCCUCCGCCAAGUGUGGUGACCAGGCUCAGCUGUCUUGCUGCAACAAGGCCACCUACGCCGGUGACACCACCACCAUCGACGACGGUAUCCUCGCUGGUACCCUCGGCAACCUCCUUGGUACUGGUUCCGGCUCUGAGGGUCUCGGUCUCUUCGACCAGUGCUCCAAGCUCGAUCUCCAGAUCCCCAUCAUUGGCAUCCCUCUCCAGGAUCUUGUCAACCAGCAGUGCAAGCAGAACAUCGCCUGUUGCCAGGGCUCCCCCUCGGACGCCAGCGACUCUCUCAUCGGCGUUGCCCUGCCCUGCAUUGCCCUCGGCUCUAUCUUGUAAGCGGGUUCAGUCUUUGCUUAUGGCCACUAUUCGUCAAGCCCUUCGGGGCCAUGGAUCGGGGCUAGGAAAACAGGUCGCCCUGUGAUUUUCCAGUCUAGGAGGAUUAUGGAUCUAUUCCUGUUUUGAGCAGAUGAUGUACCAUUAAUUGUGCGCCUGUGGCACUCUCGGAGAAAGAAGAUUCGUGUUUUUUUGCUUUUUGGAACUAUGAUCUGAUCAUUAGUUGUGCAUUUCCCGGUGCGUCAGUGCCGGUGUCGUGGCAUCUAGCUUUAAUGCAUUAGACUUGCUUUACCUGAUUUCUUGCAGACUUGUAUUCUGUAGCUCGUGGUUCUCAGCCACACUGUGAACAAUGCAU